AUGUCGGACAAGCAGAAAACAGCGCUCAUCGCUGCCUCCGUGGCCGUUGCAGGCGUGACUGCUAGCUCCUACCUCCUGCGCCAAAUCAUGCGCCCCAUUCUCCACGCGCGAGCCGCCACGACGUUCAAGCAGAUGCUGGCCGAUGCUGACAUCCUCGUGGAUCGUGACAUUCGCAUCUACGACGAGGACAUUUUCCUUGACUGGGUGCAUCGUGGCAUGCUCGCGAUUGGCGAGUCGUACAUGGCCAAGAAAUGGGACGCCAUUAUCCCGCUGGAUGAGCUCCUCACGCGUCUGCUGUUGCUGCCUGCAGACAAGCGCCGCAAGAUGUUCACGGCCUGGAAUGCCAAGUUUAUCGCCUUAGGCGGCAAGAUCUUCAACUACCAAUCGGUCUCACGUGCGGGGAUUGUCGGUGCGCACCACUACGACCUGGGCAACGACUUUUUCAAGCUCUGGCUUGACUCGAACAUGCAGUACUCGUGCGCCUACUGGAAGGGCAUUGAGGGCAAGCACGACCUCGAUGCAGCUCAGCGCAACAAAAUGCACCUGAUCGCCAAGAAGCUCAAACUCGAGCCAGGUAUGCGCGUGCUUGAAAUUGGGUGCGGCUGGGGUGGACUUGCUUGCUUCCUUGCCAAAGAGUAUGGCGUCCACGUGACUGGUAUCACCAUUUCGAACGAGCAGCUGAAGGGCGCUCGUGAAUGGGCUAAGCGCGAGGGCUUGACCGACCUCACAAGCUUUGAGUACUGUGACUACCGCGAAAUGCACGGCCAAUUCAAUCGCGUCGUAACAAUUGCUAUGGUCGAAGCAGUGGGCUACAAGAACUUGGGCGAUUUCUUCACUGUGAUCAAGCGCUGUCUCACGGACGAUGGACUCGCUCUUGUGCACGGCAUUGCUGCCAAUCGCUCCAUUGAGGUCCCGAUUCAGCUCUGGAUCCUCAAGUACAUUUUUCCCAACGGAUUCCUGCCGUCCGUUGCGCAGCUGCUGCUGUUUGCGGAACGCAAGCUCAUUGUGGAAGACGUGCACAACCUUGGACCGGACUACGAUAAGACGCUCAUGUGCUGGCACGACCGCUUUCAGGACCACCUCAAGAAGGGCCACAUCGACCGCCCAGAGGUGUUUUGCCGUAUGUGGGACUUCUACUUGCUGUACUGCACUGCUGGCUUUCGCGCGCGAACCAUUCAGCUCGCGCAAGUUGUCUUUUCCAAGAAUCGCUUGACCCGCUACGAUGCCGCGCGGUAA